GACAGCAUCAGCUGGUCGGGUGUCAGGAGUCCUGGUGCCUCUUCCCACCCCCGCGGGCCCAUCCAUCCACCUGCUGCUCCACACUGCAAUGAUCCCCGGUCCCCUGGGUGGCUGAAGCAUGUGGGAGGAAGCAGAGGAGGUAAAAACCGCAUGUCUCGCCUGGGAUCUCAAGUCUGCAGUCUCCUGCGUCCAUAAGCAGCAUCCUCCCAGGCCCUCCCCCUCCCCCUGUGUGCGGAUGGUACGCUCCGGUAAGCCUGGCCGGGCUGCAGUGGAUGUUGCUAGAAUCCACGCGGAGGAAGGAAGAGACGCAAGCAGGCUGCGGUGACCCAAGCGACCACCCCUACUUCAAGGACCCCUUCCUUGAGAGACGACAUCAUGACCCAGGGAAAGCUCUCUGUGGCUAACAAGGCCCCCGGGACUGAGGGGCAGCAGAAGACAAAUGGCGAGAAGAAGGAGGUUCCAGCAGUGCCCUCGGCGCCGCCCUCCUAUGAGGAGGCCACCUCUGGAGAUGGGCUGAAGUCAGGGACCUUCCCCCAAGCCCCCACGGCUGUGCCCCUCCAUCCAAGCUGGGCCUAUGUGGACCCCAGCAGCAGCUCCAGCUACGAAGCUUUCCCCACAGGAAACCAUGAGCUCUUCACCACCUUCAGCUGGGAUGACCAGAAAGUUCGCCGGCUCUUCAUCAGAAAGGUCUAUACCAUCCUGUUGGUCCAGCUGCUGGUGACCUUGGCUGUUGUGGCUCUCUUUACCUUCUGUGACGUCGUGAAGGACUAUGUCCAGGCCAACCCAGGCUGGUACUGGGCAUCCUAUGCCGUGUUCUUUGCAACCUACCUUACUCUGGCUUGCUGCUCUGGACCCAGGAGACAUUUCCCUUGGAACCUGAUUCUGCUGGCCAUCUUUACCCUGUCCAUGGCCUAUCUCACUGGGAUGUUAUCCAGUUACUACAACACUACUUCUGUGCUGCUGUGUCUGGGAAUCACGGCCCUAGUCUGCCUCUCGGUCACCAUCUUCAGCUUCCAGACCAAGUUUGACUUCACCUCCUGCCAGGGUGUGCUGUUUGUGCUGCUCAUGACCCUUUUCUUCAGUGGACUCCUCCUGGCCAUCCUCCUGCCCUUCCAAUACGUCCCCUGGCUCCACGCCGUCUAUGCCGUGCUAGGAGCAGGCGUGUUUACAUUGUUCCUGGCAUUUGAUACCCAGUUGCUAAUGGGUAACCGUCGCCACUCGCUGAGUCCCGAGGAGUAUAUUUUUGGAGCCCUCAACAUUUAUUUAGACAUUAUCUAUAUCUUCACCUUCUUCCUGCAGCUUUUCGGCACCAGCAGGGAAUGAGGAGGCCUCCCCAUCCCUACGUUCCUCCAGAGAACGUCCCUUCCCUGUUCUGUGACCCCUCUGUGCUCCUGCAAGUCCAGACAUAAACGUGCUGCAGCCAGCUUGUGAGCGGUCGCUCUCUCCUGCAGCCAGCCCUCUGCAGCUUGUACAUAUGCCAUCCUUGGGGCUCUACAGACCUGAGGCCACACCUUCCCCCACGGUGCCCCUGGCACCCAAUUACGUCCUCCAAAUGGGACAGUCAAGGUUGAGGGCACCUCUGGAUUUGCAGACCCAGGGAAUGAAUGGGAGGAAGCCCCCCUCCCCCAGAGGUGGGAAGGAGACCCCAGAAACCUGGCUGCAACUGUGACCCCACCAAACCUGCUCUAGGAUUUUACUUCUUCUCUCAGGUUGGACAACCACGUAUUGUAAGGGCAAAGACUGAGGGGACAUGACUGGAACGUAAGGACAGGACACCGGGUGUGGGGGUGAAGCUGUCCCAGGCUGUCCCUCUCUCGGCUGUUAGGACCAGUGGCUUGUUCUAGAGACCUGGACAAUAUAAAAGGAGUAGGAAUGCUUCCAUUGCUUGCCUCAGUUUGCCCUCCCGGGUCAUAGGACAGACAGGGGAAUGUGCCUAAAUGUGGGCCUGUCCUGAGCUCCCAGGCAGCCAGCUGCGAGGACUGAACGGGGUAAUCGGUCAAACUGCAGUCACUGGGCAGGCAUGUGUGAAUGCAGGACUGACACCCCAUCUUUGUUUCCACAGGCCUGAGGGGGAAGUGGGGUGAAAGUAGUUCUAGCUGCGGACCAGCCCUUACCAGGGGCUGUCUUUCUGUCCCUUCCACACCCAUUUCCUAAGCCUUCCCCUGUCUUCUGCUAUGUCCUGCCUUAUGUCCCUCCAGUCAGGCCUCCUGAGGCCCUAGGAGUUGAGGCCUCCAUGUCCCUUCCCCCAGCUUCCCUGGCCACUCAGCCCAGAGUCCCUGGGCCCUUGCCCCCUUAUCUUCAUAUCUCUGUAAUUUGGAAGCUGCCCAGCUCAUGGUCACAGCCAGGGCCAAUCCCUUGAGCCUAUCCCAUGUGAUGAGGCCAGAACCCCUUAUCGGCCUUCAGGCGGCUGGGAUCUCAGGCAGAGUGUGCGUCAGCCACCCUGUCCUGGCUGAGUGCCCGCUGGAGAGGGGACCAGGGGCCACACCUGGGGCAGCAUGCAGCCCACAUGUGCACAUGGCCAGCUCCAGGCCAGUGGAAAGUUACUGGGUGGAGGCUAGGAGGCUCUGUGGAUGUAGGGGACUCUGUUUUCCCCCCAAGAAAGGGGACUAGGUAGCCUAUCCAUUCCUGUCCCUGCCCCUCCCCACCUUUGAGAAACAUUACAGAAGCCUUUGAAAUUUUGUUCUUCCUUGACUCCUUGAGAAAGGAAGGAACCAAGAAUGGGGUGGGGGUGGGGCAGUUGACAUGAGUGCCCACUGCUGGGGUCCAGAAAGGGGCCCUGCAAUGGUGAUCAGCACAUCCCCACUGCAGAGGCAAAGCCAGGGGGUUGGUGAUAAAUCCAUCGUCAUCUAGUAAUCCUGGGGUCAGCCACAGCUGCUCCAUUCAGACGGGCUGGACUGAGACUUGUGUAAACUAUAGACGUGGGUUGUCAAGGCCUGGCAUCUCUGGGGGGGGUGUUGUUGUCGUGCCCCCCCCCCAUCUCCCAUCCUUGACUCUGAGAUGCCAAAAUGAGGUUCUCACUCCCUGGAAGUCAGCUGGGAGGCAGGAUUCCUGGCUUCUGAUUGGGCCUCACUGCCCACAGACUUGUGUUUUGUCUGUGACUCUGUUUCCCUAGCUAUAAGUCCCCAACCAGUGCCAAUGAUGGGCAGGGAGAGGCACCAAGACACUUCCACUGACGUCAUCUAGUUGUUCACCUUGAGGGCCUCUCCUUAUCUCUCGCUUCAGUCCUAGAAAGGUUCAAAGCCCCUCCCCCACUGACCUGCCAACAUCACACUGGCCAGUUUCCCAGAAUCCACUUGUCCACGCCCUCUUCUUCUGAGAUAAUCUAUGCAGAGACUUUGAGGACUGAGAAAUUUUUCCAAGGCUAAGUUCCAAACACCUGGGGGAGGGGUAAGCCCUCAGCCAUAAAUAAUGUGACCCAGGCACGAGUCACAGUGAUCUCAAAGAUGGCUCGGCCAUGGAGGUAGAGAGGCCUGCCAGCAGGGUUAGCUUCAGUCUGAUACCCAGCCCGCAGCUGAACUGCCAUGGCAGCAAGGCCAGAGAAAGCCUUGGUGUUGACCCCUGACAGAACAGUGAAGGGUCCCAGGAACACCUGGGUGGGUCUUGGCAGGAGGAAGGGCGGGAACAAGAAUGCAGGAUUAUGAGGAAUGCGGGAUUAUGAGAAAUCGAAGCUGGGCAGGUGCGGCAAACUGUGAAGGAGGAAGGACUCCGCUGGCCCCUCACAUUUUUAGUUCGGGUGGGGCCAGACCUGUGACGGGGUGGGUUGGAUUUCAUAAAGUUAGAGGGAGCCAGGAAUCCAUCUGCGAUGAGAGGCACAGAGAGGCAGCGUGACCGAUCAGAAGGUCCUGGAAGGAUAGUCACGUGAAGUCCCUCACUCCCCCACACCAAUUCCUGGGUUCGUGUACGGCAGCUCUUUCGAUAUAGCUCGAGGAAGCCACGAGAUUAAGAAUCUUGGUUCUUUCAUUCCAUACCCUUUCUCCUGUAGGAGUCAGGAUCCCUCAAGCACCCUAGUUUCAAAAGGCGGGGUGGGAGUGGGGUGCGGGGUGUGUGGGGGGUGGAAAUCAAGUUGGAAAUUUUACACAAGGACCUUGCUGCCCCCUUCUGGCUGUUAGGGGAAAAGCAGAGUCCGGCUUGGCAGGGAGGGAAUUGGUCCCUGGGGACAGUGGCGAGGGGCAGGACUCGGACCCCUGCCUUAAGCUUUUCCCGACACAUCUGCCACACACCCAGACGCUGCUGCCCUUUGGGCCUCAGCUUCCACGAGCUCCCCCGGGCCCCUCCCAUGUGCCCUUCUGUGACCUCACCUGCUCGGGACCUGUGACUGAUUGGAAAUAAUAAAAGCAUUUACUAAGACACCUGAA